UCGAAUGAAUGCAGCGGCAGAAGAAGAGGAGGCAGGAACCGUGCGACCCUCGGAAAUGGGCCGGAAGGUGACCGUGGCUACCUGCGCUCUGAACCAAUGGGCUCUGGACUUUGAAGGCAACUGUGAGCGGAUCCUGAGGAGUAUUGAGGUUGCUAAAGCUCAUGGAGCCAAAUACAGACUGGGUCCAGAGCUGGAGAUCUGCGGGUACGGCUGUGCAGACCACUUCUACGAGUCGGACACCUUGCUCCACAGCUUCCAGGUCCUCAGGAAUCUUCUGGAGGCUCCGGUCACUCAGGACAUCAUCUGUGACGUGGGGAUGCCCAUCAUGCAUCACAACGUGCGCUACAACUGCCGGGUCCUGUUCCUCAACAGAAAAAUCCUGCUGAUCAGACCCAAGAUGCUGAUGGCCAACCACGGGAACUACAGAGAGGUGCGCUGGUUCUCCCCCUGGAACAAAUUAAGGCAGGUGGAGGAGUAUUUCCUGCCCAGAAUGAUCCAGGAGGUCACAGGCCAGGAUACGGUCCCGUUCGGUGACUGCGUGCUCUCCACGAAGGACACCUGCAUCGGCACCGAGAUCUGCGCCGAGCUGUGGAACCCCGACAGCCCUCACAUUCAGAUGGGUCAGGACGGGGUUGAAAUCUUCACCAAUUCGUCUGCAAGCCACCACGAACUCCGCAAAGCUGACCAAAGGGUCAACCUGAUCAAGUCAGCCACUACCAAGAGUGGAGGUAUCUACCUGUACGCCAACCAGAGGGGCUGUGACGGAGAGCGUGUCUACUACGAUGGCUGUGCCAUGGUGGCCAUUAACGGAGACAUCGUGGCGCGGGGAGCACAGUUCUCCCUCGAUGAUGUGGAGGUGAUUACAGCCACUCUGGAUCUGGAGGACGUGCGCAGCUACAGAGGAGAGCUGUGCCAGCCGCGCCUGGAAAGUGAAUUUAAACCUUGUCACAGGAUCAAAGUGGACUUUUCUUUAUCCAGCUGUGAGGAUGUCUACCUGCCCACCCACCAGCCAAUAGAAUGGCACUUUCAUACACCAGAGGAGGAGAUCAGUUUAGGGCCGGCCUGCUGGCUGUGGGACUACCUGAGGAGGAGCGGACAGGCUGGUUUCCUGCUGCCUCUGAGCGGCGGCGUCGACAGCUCCUCCACUGCCUGCAUCGUCCACUUCAUGUGCGUGCUGCUCUGCCAGGCUGUAGAGGGCGGCAACGGCCUGGUGCUGGAGGACGUUCGCAGGGUGGUCGGUGACGAGUCGUACCGCCCACAGGACCCGAAGGAGCUGUGCGGUCGCAUCUUCACCACCUGCUACAUGGCGAGCGAGAACUCCUCAGAGGACACACGCAACAGGGCCAGAGACCUGGCCAAUCAGAUUGGCAGCACGCACAUGAACAUUAACAUAGACAUGGCGGUGAAAGGCAUUCUGGGUAUCUUCUCAGCGGUUACAGGACGGUGGCCUCAGUUUCGUGCCAACGGAGGAAGUCACAGAGAAAACCUGGCUCUGCAGAACGUGCAGGCUCGGGUCAGGAUGGUCCUGGCCUACCUGUUUGCCCAGCUGAGUCUGUGGGCUCGGGGUAAGCCUGGGGGGCUGUUGGUGCUCGGCUCUGCUAACGUGGAUGAGAGCCUGACAGGUUAUUUCACCAAAUACGACUGCUCGAGCGCCGACAUCAACCCAAUCGGAGGCAUCAGUAAGACCGAUUUGAAGCGCUUCCUGCUGUACUGUGCAGAGCAGCUGCAGCUUACUGCUCUGAGAAGCGUCCUGGCAGCUCCUCCCACAGCUGAGCUCGAGCCGUUGACAGAAGGACGGGUUUCUCAGACUGAUGAGGCCGACAUGGGGAUGACCUACUCAGAGUUGUCUGUGAUUGGACGGCUGAGGAAGCUCUCCAAGUGCGGCCCCUUCAGUAUGUUCUGUAAACUCAUUCACAUGUGGAAGGACGCCCUCUCACCCUCAGAGGUGGCGCAGAAGGUGAAGCACUUCUUCAGGAUCUACUCGGUGAACCGUCACAAGAUGACCACGGUCACGCCCUCCUACCACGCCGAGAACUACAGUCCUGACGACAACCGCUUUGACCUCAGGCCUUUCCUCUACAACACACGCUGGAGCUGGCAGUUCAGGUGCAUCGACGACCAGGUGACCCAGAUGGCUGCAAACGCUCCAAAGCAAUAAAAAGCAGAGGUUGUCGGUCCAUCAUGACUGCGACGGAUCGGAAACGUGUCCUCCUCCAAUAAAGGCUGAAUACUGCAUACUGCAUCAGUGACAUUACCGUAUUUUUUCGGGCUAUAAGGUGCACUUAAAAUCCUUAAAUUUCCUCAAAAAUCGGCAGUGCGCCUUAUAAUCCGGUGCGCCUUAUGUAUGAAUUCUUGUUGUGCUUACUGACCUUGAGACAAUUUUAUGUGGUACACUGCGCU